AUGUUAUAUCUCCAAAGAGAAACAAGCGAAGGAAAUCAAGUUAUAGCGUUAGGAGUUUUAGUUGGUAUUUUGCUGGUAAUAUUUUAUGGUCUAACGAUAGUCAAUACUGUAAGAAAGAAACGUACAAAAGAGAAUACGGAAAAAUCUGAUAUCAAGCUUGAUAGUGUUUCAGCAGUGGCUGUUGGACAUUUUAAAAAAACAUGCAGCAUUUCAUCGGUCAUAAUCACAGCAUUAAUUUUGCCAAUUGCUGCCGCUGCACUGAUUAUCAAAGCAUUUCUAUUGAAACCGAUUCACAAUGACAUUGUCAAUAAAUAUGAAACUAAUCAAACGCUCAUGUAUCAACCGAAUGACAUCUGUUCCGUAAUUGAUCUUCAAGAUUUCAAUAUGUUAACAUUUCCGGUUGCAUGUGCUCUAAUCAUUCUUUAUGCCAUAUUAUCAAAAAGAAAUUCGCUUAAAAAAAAUUUAUGCCAUGGAUAUUUGGCUCCACCAGUGCCACUCGAUUAUUUUGCCCGUAUUAAACGAANACGAAAACUUGCAGCCAUCAUUUUUGCUGUAACAGCAAAUGAACUACUCGAAAUUGUUUAUCAAGUACUAACGGAAAAUAAAUCUGAUGGAGAAGGUGUGAUUGUUAAGUAUUUACUUCGAAUAUUCCAAGUGCUGGUGAUCGGAUUUCGUUAUUAUCCGACAUUGGCCGCUAUUCAUAUGGAUACAAUUUUUGCUCUAUUUUUGGCCACCCUUUAUAGUUGGUUAGAUUUUUCUGUUAGUAUUCUUGAUCAAAGUUUAUGUAAUAAUUAUUAUCCAACCGAAGAUCUAUACGAAGAAACAAAUGGUUCAAGUACGGACGAUAUUAAAUCGUUAUUAGAAUACUAUGGCACAGGCUCAAAUUUGAUUGUCAUUGAUGCUUGCAUAGAUAUACCGAGAUUUAUUUGUUUAGCCUACAUAUCGGUUAAAUUACCAGAGUUAUUUAUCAAAAAGAUACGCGCACGAAUGAAUCGGAAACAACAAUCAAUAUCAACAUCUCUAUCAUUAUCAAGAGAAGAAAGACAAUUAUUAUCCUAUAUGAAACAUUCUAUUGAAGCAAGAUAUGUCAGAUAUUUAUUCAUACCACUUGAGAGAAGACCAGAAAAUAAAACAUUAUUGUCACGAAUUAUUCCAAAAAAAACUUACACGAUUCGAGAUGAUUUUCAUUAUUCAUUACGUGUGUUAUCUGUUUAUGCUUCAGCACUCAUGUUGCUAUUUUUCAUGACAACUAAUUUUUGCGUAAAAGUCAUUCCAACAUUAGGUACUUACCAUCAAACGCUAACAACACUGUUUAAUGAACUUUUUGGCGAAAAUAAAUUUCCAUUGCCUGAAUUUGUGGGACCGUAUGUUGUGUGUAUUAUGUUUGCCACAGUUAUCGUUUUGUUACAAUUAACAUUACAAUUAGCUGCUAUAAGACGAAAUUUAUUUCAAGUCUAUCGGGGCGAUAUUGCUGAAUUACCUCAUCGAGCGACACUGAAUACUGUUAGUGUAGCAACGUCAAAUUUUCAUUUUGCUGGGUAUUUUAUUGGUUAUGUUGUAUGGGGCUAUUUGUCACUGGCUUUUCUAGCAUUUCUCAUCAUUAUUCCAAUUGAUGCUUUCAUUGUAUUUGGCUCAGUUGAAUUUAUAGAGGGUAUUUUGAAAAAAAUUAUUCCGGUGUUAUUAUUUAUAUUGUUUAAAUUGUAUUUAAAUAAAUUAUUAGCUCAAUAUGCAUUUUUACAACAUUGGGGUGAUGUUUUGGCAUUGAAUAAUCGUCGAUGGUUAAUGAUUUUUCUUUAUUUUAAUGCUUUUCUUGAUGCAUUUCUCGGUUUUGUCUCUUGUGUUAUACGAAUUGUUUAUUCUGUUAUUGCGUCCCUGAUCUAUAUGUGUCGUUUAGAUUAUUCACCAUUGGGUAGAAAACUGGAAAGAUUUGAUAGUGGUUUCAGUGCUUAUGUGGGAUGUAUCUAUAUGGAAAGAGAGCACGCACAUCCCGUUAUGCUAUGUUUUGCAAGUUAUUUAUAUUUGAAAGUAAAAUUAAACCCAACAACAUCAAAUAUACAAAAUGAGAACUAUCAUGCAACGAAUGGAAAUAUAUCUCCGUCUCCAUUCAUCGGUGCUAUCAAGCCAAUUAUCAGAAAAACAAAAGAAUAUAAUUCACGUAUCCUACAAAGAUGGAUGAUGGCUCUAACGUUAACACAUAAUCCACUAUUAGUGUAUACUAGAAAAAAAUUUUUAAUUCAAAAACAGCAACUAAAUGCGGGUGUUGAGAAUAAAUAUAAAAAAGAUCGAGCUUUCUCAAUCCGACCAAGUUUAAUUUCCGAACAUGAUAUUAAUCAAGCAUGGCAUCAAGAAUCUAGCAACACUUCCAAUCUUCAGUAG